AUGCCCCCGCUUGCGAUUCAGAUGCCGACCAUUGAGGAAAAUACGUCUUCUGUGUCUGAACCCCCUGCAAUGCCAGCCACUGAGGAAAUUCAAACCACAGCGCAACCCGGGAAACCAGCUCCAAAGUACCGAUUCAAGGGCCACGAAAAUCAAAUUUUGGAUUUCGUCUUCUUGCGCGACAACGUCCACAUCGACUUCCUGUUGGGAAACCAUGUACUUGAAAGCGGAGAAAUCGAGGUAGGCCCGAUCAAAACGAAGCAGGAUGGUGUGCUUGCACUUGCAUAUUCACCUUCGGGCGACAAAAUCGCAUCAGGCGGGAAGAACCAGAUGAUUUGCAUUUGGGACUCGAAGACAGGCGAGCUCGUCGUCGAGCCCAUCGGAGACCUUGGGCACUAUGUGUGGUCUGUGGUGUGGUCGUUGGACGGCACCAAGUUGUAUGCCGCUUUGGGACAUUUCGCACGCGCUUUCGACAGUAGUUCAGGCACAGAACUUUGUAGCUUCGAGCACACUCAUCCGCUGAUUUCCGUUGCGCUUUCACCCAAACACAAUGUGCUAGCAUGCGUGGGCAUAGGAAAUAUUGCACGACUAUGGGAUACAAAGUCCCGUCAGCCUCUCGGUCAGCCAUUUAAUCAAGAGGACGGAAUCGCUUUGUGUGUGGCAUUCUCCCCGGAUGGCAAAUAUGUAGCAUAUGGAGGAACGAACAACACAGUCACUUUGUGGGUGGUAAAAGAGAUAGUUCCAGAGAUUACAAAAUAUCACAGGUCGACGCUACAAAUCCUUUGGCACAAUCAGAGAGUGAUGAUUAUGGCGAUUUUUUUCAGAAUACUCAAUCAUCCUCCGCUCGCCGCUUUUGGAACAUCCCCAUCCCCUUUCGACAUGGUCCGACAGCAACAACACCCCAAACACAGUUUCUUCGGGGGCCGCUCGGGAUCACAGCCUGUAACAGUCUCUGCCGUACAUGAAAUCAAGAGGCGCUGGAUAGCGCGUCCUCCUGUGGAGACUAAUGCUCAGGCCGGUCUGUCGUCCUCAACGAUAACACACCCUGCAGCGCAGCCAAACUCGACGCCUCAGCCUCCUGAGGCAGGGGCGACAACACAGCAACUUUCUCAGCAAGCUCACGGUUGUUGGGGAAAUUUUUGCCUCGCACUCGGGUGCAUCCCACGCCGCCCUCUUCCUGUUGUCCCCGCUGCUCAGCCUUCUACCUCAUUUCUUGCUAUCGCUCGCGUGCUGCAUGCGUGCCUGGCUGAUGAUCCAUUCACAAAUGGAUUGUAUAUGCUCUACUCGUACAUUCUGAAGUACUUAGGCUCCUGUGUGAUCCCCAUUGCAUCAUUACCUGGACCUCCUAGAAAUUCACAUCGUGAUAUCGAGAGGACUUAUUUCCCACUCCAUCCACAGGAAUUACUACCACCUGGGGUCGCGAUUAAGCAAACAGCAAAAAAGCACCAAGAUUACCGUGCUUCCGAGCCACAGCUCAAGGAAAAGCAUCAGGGGAUUCACAAGUUACCCAACGACAAUGCUGACCUGAGUCCUGGAGAAUUGACCUUUGAAGAAGGCAUGGGUCGUCACCUUGGUGUAAUGUCUUGCACUCUCCCUAUCGUUGGAAAUAUUAUCGGCACCGGUAUAUUCUCAACUCCAUCCUCCAUCCUCUCCAGUGUGGGCUCAGUCGGCGCUUCUCUCAUGCUUUGGGUCCUUGGUUUCUUGCUUAGCUUCUGUGGACUCUUUAUAUGGCUUGAGUUCGGCACCAUGUUUCCUCGAAGUGGCGGAGAGAAGGUAUACCUCGAGGCCAUCUACAGAAAGCCCAAGUACCUCGCCACAAUAGUAUUUUCUGCCAAUGCUAUAUUGCUUGGAUUCACUGCGAGCAAUUGUGUUGUCAGUCAUGUCUUUUUUUGUGUUUUUGCUAGCAACAUCUUAGUUGCUGCUGGUCGACCCGCAAGUCGCUGGAAUGAGCGUGGAAUUGCACUUGGAGUCAUAUUCUUCGUAACUCUUCUACACGGAUUGAUCCCUAAGAUUGGCAUACUGAUCAUGAACUUGCUCUCGAUGUUCAAGAUCGUAAUUCUGGUGUUCGUUGUGAUCACAAGCUGGGUAGUUCUCUCUGGAAAAACCUGUGUCGUGGAUCCGUACUAUAAUUUUAGAAACACAUUUGCGGGGAGCUCCACGAGUAGCAACGACUAUGCCACCGCCAUAUUUAAAGUCCUGUACGCAUAUUCGGGAUGGUCCAACGUGAACUACGUGAUGAACGACGUUCGCAAUCCAGUGAGGACACUCAAGAUCGCAGGCCCGCUCGGUCUUGGUAUAUGCACCGUUUUGUACUUGCUUGCAAAUGUGGCAUAUUUCUCGGCUGCAACCAAGACGGAGAUUGAUGAGUCUGGCGUUACUGUCGCUGCCUUGUUCUUCGGGAAUGUCUUUGGUUCUGUUGCGAAGCGUGCGCUAUCUGUCUUCAUUGCCCUCAGUGCUAUUGGAAACGUUAUCACUGCGACUUUUUCUGCGUCACGAGUAAACCAAGAGCUCGCAAAGGAAGGGAUACCCUUUCCAUUCGGAAACAAAUUCUGGGCUUCAAAUUGGCCCACUGGGAAGUCCCCACUUCCGGGAUUGAUAAUCCAUUUAAUACCCUCCGUUAUCGUCAUCAUCGGCCCUCCCCCAAACAUUGCUUAUCCCUUCAUUUUGGACAUUCAAGAAUACCCAAAGCAAAUUAUCAAUUUCUUUAUUGUCAUCGCUUUGUUUUAUCUAAGAUGGAAGAAGCCAGAUGCUGUUCGGCCAUUCAAAGUAUGGUGGCCUCUCGCUGUAUUCUUCUUAGCUGCUGCUUCCUUCCUCCUCAUCGCUCCCUUCCUGAAACCAUCCAAUGGCGUUGGCGACACCCCACCACUGCCAUAUUACCUGUACUGUCUCGUAGGAAUCGCCGUCAUGUUCGUAGGCGUGCUGUACUGGGCCGCGUGGCGAAUCAUGCUGCCUAAGGUAUUUGGCUAUGAGCUUGUACCGAGGAAGGAGAGGUUAGACGAUGGGACUUUUGUUACUGUAGUUGAUUGGAAGUGCUGGUAUAGCACUGCUAGAGUGUAG